CGACGGUGACUCGACGGAAUCGGUGCCAGUAUCUCAACACACACGUCGAAUUCACGCGUCGAGAGCGCCCAAUGACGAAAACUGGCAACUACCGCCCACCUGAACCUGCUUAUGAGGACUGUGCGCUGGUACUCCUAGACAAACCCCUCCCCGCGCUGCCCAUCGUCGUGAUGAAGUUCAUUACUUCCGCUUCAUCCUCUUAUCGCCACGUCCUUCCAAACGGGCUGGUCUUGCGAUGGUCCACGGCCGCGGACAAGGCAGGCUGCGUGCUUACCUCGUGCCUUGGUCUUCAGCAGCAGGAGGGGCAAGAGACGGAGAGGGGCAUCAAGUUCAUCGAGCCGCUCACAGACGAUUCGGUAUACAACGGAAGCUCAACGAAUUGGGCGAUAUGCGUUGACCCAGCGGCACCGACAACUUCGGCAGAAGAGGCAGACAGCGCGGACUACCCUGCGCAGAUGCGACGAUUGGCCCGGUCCGCGACAGAGCGCGUCGUCGCACUGCUGUACUACCUACCAGGCACAAUCGCUUUCGACGGCGGUCUCGCCACCCUCCAACUCGGGCAGGUCCACGUCGUCGCGUGCAAGCCCGCCUACCGAGUGCACGGGGAGAAGAGCGGCGGCGCACACAUCAUGCAGAUGCUGUUCGACAUGGUAAAUGCGCGAGCCAUGCAGGAUGGGUGCGCGUGCAUGCUUGUUUCGGGCAUUCCUGCCUACUACCGGACACAGGGGUACGAGUAUGGAUUGAGAUUGGGUAGUGGCUUGGUCACACACCCGUCCGCGCUCUCUCCGCCCAAAUCUGCCGACGCCGGCCGAUACGCACUGCGCCAGGCCACGCAAAACGACGUGUCCGACCUGCUCAAGAUGGCCCUUACCUCGCGGGAGACAGCGGAUCUGUUCUUCAGCCGCAAAGACGACGCUGCACUACGGCUCCAGCUGGAACACCUCGUCGCCUCCGAUACCGCUCCGUUCUUUGUUCUCGAAACCACGAGCCAGGCCGACGAGACUCCGCACAUCGUCGCCGCGGUCGGAGUGGUACAUCACAAUCCCGGUGGGACACGCGCUUUCAUGCACCCGCUGCUGUGGGACGGGGAGGAGGAUGCGUGUGCUGUGACAGCAGCACUCGUCCCAUUGCUUGGCCCCGCACUCGAGGAGGCUGCGAGGAAGAUCGUCAGUGAAGUCAAGACGAUCACCACGCUGCGGUGGUUGGUGCCGGAUGCUCAUCCGCUGUUUCGAUGGCUGUUGGCCAACCAGGUCGCCAUCACUCCACCGGAUAAUUCUGAAUAUGAUCACAUGAGUGUCUCAUGGAUCGCGAUCCCCGAGUUUACGACGUUCUUCCAGGCGUUGCUGCCGGCCCUGAAUGCUCGACUGGCACGAGCGCCGUUUGGCAAGAACUACAGUGCCGUGCUCCGUAUCAAGGCAUCCGCAUCAGGCGCUGGGGCAAUUGCUUUGCGUGUCUCGCACGGCACAGUGAGUAUCGAUCCGACCCCGUCGAGAGAAGAGUCGAAUGUGAUGAUGCCACCAGCCGCGCUGAUUCAGCUUUGCAUGGGAUUCCUGGAGUGGCGAGAACUGAAAGCCGUAUUUCCGGACUUCUCAGUGGAGGGAGGGGUGCUGCCGCUGGUAGAGGUGCUGUUCCCUAAACGGAGCUUAGGAUCCGUUGUAAACUGGUAAUGCAUGCGAACGGGAUCGACGGUUCAUGCGUCAUGCUCGCAAGCGAUGCGGCUGUUGCUGCUUACUGUCAAAUCACCUAACUGGGGAUUGUUCUUCUGGUAAAGAGUACCUGCGGCAUGGAUUGUCCGCCAUGAAUCAAACAAACGCCGCUCAUCGUUUGAUAUUAUGCACGAGAGCUUACUACAGUCCGUGCGGUAGCCUUCCGAGAUCUGAUGACAGACCGCAUGUUUCGCCGAUGGAGAAAUUGAUCACCACUGUGUCGUGUGGUUUCGCUCCCUCCGAUUCGAGCCGGGCCUUGACGUGGAUGUGACCGCAUUCAAUCGUUAUACCGACGACGACAUGCAUAUCUCUUGAGACUCGCCACUGGGGAUGGAAUUACAAGACUCAGUACUCUCUCCUCUGUCAUAUCAUUUCAAGCGUGUAUACAAGCGAAGAAGAAGCAUCAGAUUUCUGCCAGCCCACUCGUCCGGAACGCGACCGCCCUUCUGACAAAGCGGAGCCUCCCCAGCAUCCGAAUGACGGUGAAGACGACCCAUCGCACAGGGGCCCACAUCUUGCGGGGCGAGCUGAUCAAACCCAUCCCGUGUUCCGUCAACUUGAUCACCUCCAGCGCACGCUCGUGUCUCCAUCGAGCCCACUCCAACAGCCCGCUAUCGUUCUCCGGCGCGCCGAGAUGAGCGCUCAGGACCGGGCCCAGGCUGAUGGAGUCGCGCAGGCCGAGACUCAUGCCCUGUCCACCAAGGGGACUGUGGAUGUGCGCCGCAUCACCGAUGAGGAGGACGACGCCUCCGCCGGGGAAGCGCUUGAAGUGGCGAUCGGAGAUGGCAGAGCGCGUCUUGUAGCGCGAAGACCAGUGCACAGUUUCGAUUUGGGAACCUUGCAGAGGCCCGGGAGCCAUGCGGUCGAACAUCUUCUGCAGGUAUUCGAGAUCAGGCGAGUGCGGCACCGCACCCAUCUGCUCAGGGAUCCCACUGGCGAUGCGAUACACCGGUUUGGUGGCGUUGGGGUACGCUCCGUCGGGGAACUGGGCGAUGAGCAUGACAUUGAAGUUGGCGAUCCGGAGCAUGAUGCGAGGUGCGGUCGAAGGGAGAGGCGCGGAGAAGGACACAUCACCCAGCGCCAUCUGCGAGAGGUCCCCAAAGUCGCGUGGACCAUCGCCCUGGGGGUCUUUGAAUCCGAUUCCAGCAUGGUGUCUGACCUUCGGAACAAUGAGAGGGCGAUUCAGAAUGCGCGCCUGGAGACACGCACCACAGAUUGAGCUCCAUCUGCACCGAUGACGUACUUCGCCUUGAUGACUUCCCCGGACUCGAAUGAGACCUCGAGCAUCCCAGAAUCGUCGGUACAUUCCUUGACCGAAGCGACUCUGAGCGGCCGGAAGACAUGGAUUCCGAGUUCUGUCAACUUGGCCAGCAUUGCGCGCUCUGUGCGAGAUUGAGGGAUGAGGAGGCCAAAUGGGAACUUGGUCUUGUCUGCAAGCAACGAAAAGUCGGCGGUGAGCAGAUAAGACGGUCCUUCGUGCAUGCCGAGGCUCCCGAGCUGCACGCCAAGGGGUAGGAUGAUAUCCAUGCACUCGAUUUUGUCAAGGGCCUAUUUGUCUUUCGGUCAAAUACAGCAGACCGAAUCAAGACACCAAAACGUACUUCGAGAGUCGCGGCGUGGAUCACCAUGGCGCGCGAGGCGUUCUCGCCAGGCUCAAUGGCGUCGACGAUCACCACAUCCCGAAUGCCUUGAUGGUACAAAGAAAGCGCUGCCGCCAUCCCGCAUGGCCCAGCGCCGACGAUAAGAAUUGGAGUCUCAGCUGGCAAGGACAUCCGGACGAGUAAUUCAUCCCAGAGACACGCUGUCAGGUUCUUAUGGAGGGUUCGAAGCAGGCCAAAUGGCUAAACGGCAGCCGCAGUCGCGUAAAAGCACACGACAAGGUCAUGAGAAGACACGAGGAGCCGUGCUGAUGGCCAGCUCGAACCGCACGUCUGCUGCUGUCGAUCCUUCGACAACAAAACCAGGCAUGGGAAACACAAAAGUGAGAAGGCGGGAUUCCGCUGCCGCUGCUGCCGGACUUCGGCUAGCAACGGCCAGCAGCCUCAUUAGUCAUGUCUGCAAAUGGUCGAUGUCAUUCGUUUUUCUUACCUGUCUACCACUCUGCAAUCUUGAUUUUGCUCCUGGAGCUGGUCUGGCAUGUCAUAGAUGAUGGUCGUAGAGCAAAGGGUCCCGUAGAAUCCCAUGAUCAAACAUGAGUGUCACGUGAUCCAUCAUGUGGUGUUUACCCCAAGGGAAUUAGUACAAGCCAGUUUAAGCCAGCAUUAAAGUGUGUGAGCUUUUCU